UAUCAUCAUUUACCCAUUGAUCACCGAAUCAAUGGUUUACAUUGCGUGUCCACUAGCAUUCCCCAAACAGAAGUUGGCUCGAGCCAUAACUCUUCGCCUAUAAAACCACCCCAAAAUCCCACCAACGAUAUUCAUCACUCACUGUCUCUCUCUCUGUUGAUCAACCAAGAGAAAAAUGGCAGACAGUGAUUACGAAUACGAUUCCUAUGAGGGAUAUGAUGCGGGUAACUGUUACAAGGAGUCAAAUUUUGAAGCAACUGGGAAAGUAUCAAACUACUAUGGAGGGAAUUCAAAAGCAAUUGGUCCUAGGCAAGGAAAGCAGUCUGGUAAUUACCAAUGGACUUCAAGGGGCAGCAUUGUGGACAAGCAGACUGGUUCUUAUAUGCGAGCAACAGUGAAGGAAAACCAUUCAACUGGGGAUGUGUUCAAGGAGAGAUCCACUGGAAGGGUUGGAUACAAGGAUGAGACCAAGUCAACCUGCACUUUCAGGGCUGGUGACAAACAUGGGUAUUCUGAGUACCAGAUAGAAGAGAGGUACCGUAGGGUUGAUUAUAGAGAGAGCAACAACACUAGUGGACAGAAGUGUCGCUCCACCAACGCCAAGUACCUGCAGUAAUUUUUUUCUUCUGUGUGCAGGUCUACUGUGCCAAUAGCUUAAGAAGUGGGCCAUUUUGUGCCUUUUUUUUCUAAAUAAGUAGUUUUUCUGAACAGCACAUUUUACUUUAAUGUGCUUAGUGUGACUCAUUGUCUUUGAAUGCUGUUGGAUUUGCUUUUGGAUCUUCGUAGUCCUUCUAUUUGAAAUGCAUUUCUUGCAAGAGAAGAAUUGAAUUCUGUUCA